CUGCUUUUGCUGGCAGAGAGUGCCUCUGCAUACGGGUGCGUCGCCCACGAUCAUAUAAUACCGAAUCUGCGAGUGCAAAACAAAAACAAAAACUAUCGCUGUCUGCCCUUGAAAUGGGCAGCAAAUUCCACAGCACCUUGUCCCAGGUAGCGGGGAAGAGGACGAGGUGGAGAAUGCGGUGCUGUGGUGAAAUUACAUAAUUGCGCACAACCCCUAAACUCAUCGUCGAACAAUACCAACCAUCGUCCUCCCGCCCUACACCAGGUCGGACGGAGCCAGUAAUCGAACGCAAUUGGCGUCUUACAAGCAGACAUGUGCUGCGAGGCCGCGGAUCGUCUCAAGCGGAGAGGAAUCGACCUAAAAUAUGUGUGUGCCCGGAAAAUGCGGAGGAACGCGAGCGAGACACGACGGUCAACACAUUGCAUUACCCACACCAUGUACGCAGAGCCGCCUCCGUCCCAAGCCUCUUUUUUUCUUUUUGUUUUUUUUUCUGUGGGCGCGAAUAUUACGAAUCGAUAUCCAACGGUAGCUACCUCUAUGCCGGUAGCCGAGACGUGCUCGAGCAGGUGGGUAGGCACCGUGCUACUAGCGACUGUCACCGUGCGUUUCGAGUAUAGAUGCUCGAAAACGCUGAAUCGUGAAUGGGGGAGGGGGCGAGACGGGAUGGACGUCUACGACUCGGCUACCCGAGACCGAGUGCUGGAACCGGUACCCGCACCCAUGCGGUCAUCCCACCCCCAAUACCGACCGCCUGCAUGCGACCAAUAGCAGCAUCCGACAAAAGUCAACGUCGUGUCCGUCGAGUUGCGGGCAGCAAGCGAAGGAGACUCUAUCCAAAGUACCUCCAGCUUUUCGUAACAUAGAACCUACCACUCAGCUGCCCACCUACCUAGGUACCAGGUAGGUAACUGUCCCCCACCAGAGGUAUUUACUUGCUGCCCAUACGCGACAACAAGGUCGGUGGGACAGGCUAAGAGGCACCCAAGGUAGGCAUACUCUAUAUGUAAAUAUACC